AACGUCAAGAACACGAACAUUCUGGUCUUACUCUAUAUCUUUUUGCAACGCAGAAUCCGUUUGAGUUGUGCGUUGAGCUGAGUGAGUGAAAACAAAUUGCAUGGCGCAGGUACUGCAACAACACAGUACAUAAUGCGGUAUCGAUGUGUUUUCCCGCAAUUUGUCCUUCCUUUGCAGGUAUUUUUCUUGACACGAGCUUCUACCGUACUUUCGCAUACCCUACAGGCUUCAUUUCUGUCAGAAGUAUAAAGCCAGCUGGAGCUGCUGUCAUUCCGGGUCGAGACACCCCUUCUGUUCUCUGCCUAACCUGCUUCUCUUUGCCACACCCUGUCCCCCCGCCGCUGUAGAGUGCCCCAUUCAUUCGCCUUCUUCUCACCUCUCGACCGACUUUUCCGCCCUCCGCCGACGAUGGACUCGGUUUCCUCCCAUGUCUCCUUCAUCGGGAUUGUAGAUUUCACAGAAGAUGCACGUUGGGUUUAUGCUUCAGAAUCUGUCCAGGAUCUGCUAGGUUUCGAACCGCGAGAGCUCAUCGGCAGACCUUCGCUAGGACUCGUCCAUCCAGACGAGCUUGCUCAGGUUCGCAAAAUGCAUUACGACACAAUCAAGCAGGACAAGGCUGCGACAUUAGCGUACCUCCGCAUGAAGCACAAAGAUCCAUGCAAAGGAUAUAUACUCUGUUCAAUUACUCGCACCGUGUGCCAGAACGUCCUAGUGGGUAGCGUUUCAUUUGCGUCUCCCGGUCCGAGGGCCAUGCACAAUAACUCCACUGCACAAGAGGUGACUGUCAUUACGCCUUCAGCCAGGGAUUUCGAAUUCAGAAGAUGGAAUGACCCAAAUCCAAUGCCUCCUUGUCCCAUUCUCGCCCCACCUGGCCGCGGAAAUGGGCCUGACGUCGAUGAUCCAUCACAUUCACCGCCAAUGCGCUUCAACCCACUCCCACACCAGUCCGUCCGAACCUCACUCAUUCUUGACCGUUUCUCUGAGCGAUGCGGUAUUCAUUACUGCGCAAAUGACAGUAUAUUGCCACCGGAGACUGUCAUGGGAAGGAGUUUCUUUGACUUUGUCACGCCAAGACAUGAAGACCUUGUCAGGAACUGGAUAGAUGUUGUCAAGGGUUGGGGAGUGAAUGAACGCGGUCAGCCGAGUGAUGGUGGGUUUGGGUUUGGCAAGUUCGCGAUCUGUGUACGGGGACGAGACUCUAGGUACGUUUUACCCCAUUAUUUUCUUUGCCUCAUACUCAUGAGUCAACUUUUCUCUGACUUUCAUUUUAUUCUCAACGUCCUUAAUCCCGUCAGCCUCAGAACAGAUGUCCCUUCUUCGCGGACUCGAAGAAGCCCACCCUCGAACUCCGCUCGUUCUCAGUCACACCCUUCUCGAGCGCGCUCACACUCCCGUCGUGACCUCUCAUCACCUCUCCGUGUACGCGAGUACCAAAAACCAUCCGCCCCUGGUGACGAGAUCAUGGUGGAUGCCAUCUUCUCUGCGCACUCCGACGGACUCCUGGUCAUCAUCCGGAAGGCCUCAAGUUCGUGAUCGUGCGCCACUGUCACCACGCUUCCCGCUCUUCGUGAAUUUCACACUCAGACAUGAACUUAAUGACUUUUCCUGAUGAUCUUCUUGCGUCUCCUUCUGUAUUAUCACAUCCAUUAUGUGUCUCUCUUACUUUGUGUUUUAUUCUGUCUGUGUAUCGGAUUCUGGGCUUACAUUCUUAGAUUUUUCUUCAUUCCACGAAUGUUGUAAACUUUCUAAAAAGAUGCUGUCUAGGUGUAGCGAGUCUGUGUUACUGCCGUCCCGGAUCUUACGCCGACGUCUCGAAUAUUUGGGCUCUCGUAAG